AUGCAAGGCUACACCAGCGUGAGUUCUGGCGGCGCCGCCAGGAUGAAAGGAGGAGAUAUUGACCUGGAAUCCGGGGAGAUGCUCUAUCCGGGGAUCGGGCUGGCCGAGAAUCAGCUGCGAUGGGGCUUCAUACGCAAGGUCUACGGUAUCUUGACGGCACAGAUCCUCAUGACCACCGCCAUUUCCGCCGCCACUGUGCUAUACGCUCCGAUCAACGAACUCCUACGCGGAAAUUCAGGCCUACUGCUGUUCCUCAUCUUCACCCCCUUCAUAUUGUUGUGGCCCUUGCAUAUUUAUCAACAGAAGCACCCAUUGAACUUCGUUUUCCUUGGGCUCUUUACUGCAUCUUUGAGUCUAACGGUUGGUGUCAGCUGUGCCAACACUGAAGGAAGAAUUGUGCUUGAAGCCUUGAUCUUGACAUCAGCCGUAGUUUCAGCUCUGACUGGUUAUACUUUCUGGGCUGCCAAGAAGGGCAAGGACUUCAGCUUCAUGGGACCACUCUUGUUUACUAGCCUUUUCGUCUUGGUCUUGACUGGCUUUAUCCAGGUGUUCUUCCCGUUUGGGCCUACCUCAGUUGCCAUCUACAGCGCGAUUGGUGCCAUAAUAUUCUCGGGAUACAUUGUUUACGACACAGACAAUCUGAUCAAGCGCUUCACAUACGAUCAGUACAUAUGGGCCUCUGUCACUCUUUACCUGGACGUGCUCAACCUGUUUCUUACAAUUCUCAGGAUGCUCAAACAGGACAACUGA